GACGAGGUAGACAGUUAUAUAGUGAGGUGAGGUUUUGAUUUUAGAAAAUCUUUCCUCCCGGCUUCCUCGCGGUGAGUAACGAGGUUGCGAUUGUCGGAGGCGGUGUUUGCACAAUUGAUGCGGCGUCGUGUCAGUCUCUCGGCGUGAGAGCUAUCCAUAAAAGUGCACCGCUCAAACUUUCAUUUUUCUCGUUUUACGUGUGUUGCGCUAGAAAAUAGCGAAGAGGUAUAUAUUUCUCUUUGUGAAAAUCUCGGGAACUAUCGUUAUAUUUUUAGUCGCUUGGACAAUGCGCGAUUGUUUCCGCUAAUUUUCGCACACUCACUCUAACGAUUUUUUUCUCUGAAUUCGAGAACAGCUCGGUCUCGAUAGUUACAUCACAGCCUACUCAAUAAUGACUCAGAUCGAUCAUAUCUACACUAAAUCAGACGGCCGAUAUUCAUGACUAAUAAUUUCGGGUUCGCAUAGACGCGUCACACAAAUUUCCCUCGGCCAUGAAUUAGUCCGCGCGUCGCACCUUACUCACGCGAUCUUUUUCCCUUCCUCCCUGUUCUCUAUCUCUCCGCCGACUCGCGCGAAAAUCCAAUAAAGCGAACGGCUCCUCCCUACCAUCUCCGUCUAUUACAGCUGGCGUAUAGUGUACGCGCAUAUCCGCGGAGCAAAACGUCGCGUCGCCUAUUACACAGUCGUUAGAUAACCGGUUCGCAGGCGCGUCGGGCCGAUAAACCGGGAGCGAAGCUGCGCUGGUUCAGGGACGCCGAUUCGUUAUUAUUGCGACGGUAGAGUCCGCGUGUAUAGUAUGUACACCUCGUACGAGUACACACAGUCUCAAUGUCAGGUUCAGCCAAUCUGCUGAUUGCUCGUUUGUUUCGGCAGCCAACUGCGAAGACAGCUGUUGCGGUGUGACGUCCUCUCCCUUUUUUUCGGUUUAUCCUGUGUAUGAUAUAGUGAAGUGUUGCCUCCUUGUUCGCGGAUUAUUUAUCGGGGUCGGCUGCGCUUUGAUACACGAUGUCGAGGUGCGAUUAUUCAUAAGGUGAGAGUGGAUUGCUGAAUUUUAGUGCGGGUUCGGAGUAAUACAAAGGGCGGCUGGAUUGUAAUUGCCGCUUCGAUGCAACUUGAGAGAUGAUGCGGGAUGUGUAUAUGUGCGGAGAGUUUUGAACAACUGGCGGUGAUGCAUGGCCGAAUUUUGAGAUUUGAUUUAGAGUUCGUUGGACGCUAUUGUUAACGGUGCGAAUGAAGGAGUCGGCGGUGAUUGAACAAUGUCUCGUUAAAGUUUCUCGCGAUAAAAAGUGCUGUUAAAUUGAGGCAAUAAUAACGCUGAAAACAGGAUACGUGACGUUUUCAAAAUUGUUUAAUUCAUCCACUGCCGCUACUCGACGCGUUUUUAAACGACUCUUCAGAAACAUCGAUGCACCAUCACCUCUAUUUAUAGUGAUUCUUCAUAUUCGCGCGAACGCAGUCAUUCUACAGACUAAUUCCACAACCGUUAUAUUGACAUUCUGAAAUCGCGAACGUCCAUAGUCCGACAGUCGUCGAUAAAUCACAACCGUAAUCCCCCGCAAAAAAUCACUAGCUCAAGCGGACUUAUGUAUCCCUCCGAGUGUAAUCCUCGUCGUCGACUCAGCUGAUCACUCGCUCGGGAGAUGACAAGCUCGAACUUAUCCUCUCCUUAUCCGCCCGAUAAUUGGCCACUUUCGCGCGGCCUCCGCUGAUGCACAAUAGUAGCUUCGGGGCAUGAUUUUUGCCGCUGAUGCUGCUGCUGCGCGCGGAAAAUCCGUCUAGGGACAAGUAACGUAAUCCGGCGCGAUUAUCGAGGCUGCGCUGUUAUAUAGCUGCUAUAUAGAACAUCAACAGCUUCUUCUUAUCGCUCUCGCGGUCUGUGUGUGUAGAGCUAGUUGGCUUUCCAGUCUCGAUAGUGAGAGAGGCUAAUUAAUUCGAGUUCGGCGAGUUGUUGCUCUUCGGCGACGAGUGGACCGAGUAUACUUCCGCGUUCGAUUUCGAGUCGAGUUUCUCUAUUGGGCUUCGAUUUCCCGCUGGUUCUAUUGAGUUUAAAAAAUAACGAGUAUCGUCCACUUGAAUUAUAGCACUGAAAAAUACUGUUAUUAUCCUUGAAAAAAGUUUCUGUUAAAAAAUUCAACUCGUUUCGACGCAGCGUACAACUAAAUUACAGCGUUAUACGCAUCCAAUAGAUUAUGCGGCUCGGUGUUCGCGCGUCGACUUGUAAAAUUAAAAUUCACGAGAUAAGAUAAUCCCGAAGAUUGUUUCGUUAAAGUGUGACAAUGCAGACGGUAUCAGUGGCACGUGAUUUCACGGAGCAGUCGGCAUGACGGCUUAAGCCGCCAGCUCUACACAUAAAACGCUGCGCGCGCGCGACGAUAGCCGUAAUAGUAUAAUAACUCUGGUAAUCGUCCGAGCAAACACUGCAAUUUCCGACAAUACACAGACUCACACACACACUGACAGCUCGAAAUCGAAGCCAAACAGAGAGUCAUUAGCGCAAACGAGCGAUCGGUUACUCUAAAAAUUAUACCCAGGCAUAAAUUAACUUAAAAAAUACAGAAAAAACACACACGCAUAGGCAUAUCCACAUUCCGCGUCUCUCACAGUUCGUUUGCUCUCGAUUAGCGAUCCGUCCACGCGAAGCAAAGAGCCAUCGCCUCCGCGAGGGCAGAGUGUCGUCUCAGGAAGGAAAGUUAUAACUCAUCGUCGGUAAAAGUGCUCCCACAGUGUGGUGGUGUGCAGUGCGCCGAACAAAGAAGCGGCUGCGAUGCAGCGUAAAUAUUCAUCCGCGUGAAAAGUUAUACGUGGAGAAAUAAAGGAAACAGUGGGUGUGCAAGUGCGUGGCAAAGUGUAACGAGACAAGACCAUGACACUUACGAAGCAGGCGAAGAAGAGCCUGAAGAAGCGAAACGGCCUGCAAGUUGGUGCGGAGGAGAGGCCUCUGAAAAAUAGAGCAUCGGAGGAAGCCAGUGUGGUGCAGAAGCAGCAGGGGAUUGCGCCCGUCAAGAUGUCAAAGGAUUCGAGGGCGUCGUCCGCGAGCCGACGACAAGAGCCAGAGAAGCAGCAGCAAAAUCCUCUGAAAUCUCAAGCCUCAAAGACGGACAAAGAGCAGCAGCAGCAGCAUGAAGACUCGACCGGCUCUAAAGAUCAAACAAAGCUCGACCGCAAGCCCUCGCUGCGGCGCAAGUUCAACGCGCUGCUAAGGGGGAGCGCCGACUUACCGGCGGCCAUCAAUCGCGGCCUCCAGCCGAUCCGGCGGAGCAUGAGCUUCGGAAAGGGACUCGAGCAGCAGCAGCAACAGCAGCACCAGCACCAGCACCAGCAGUUACAGAGGAGGCCUACGCCGCCAUCGAGCGCCGGCAGCCUAAAGCCCUUCAGGACGAGAUCCGUGCAGUGGUACAACAGUCUCAGCUCGCUCGCUGAGCACGAGGCGGAGGAAAAGCCUGGAUGUGCUUUCGCCGCCUCGGAGGAGCAGAUCUACUGCGAAGGGAAGCCUGUUUCCAGAACGCACAGCCUCGUGGAGAAGAGCCCUGACGCUGUACCAAAGAGAAGAGCAAAUGCUGGUAUCUCCGCACCUUAUGGCCGACACAGCGAUCACUAUGACUUUUCGAUAGACUUAAGCAAGCCUCCGUGCGAGGCUAGUAGCCUUCCGGUGCUAACACGCGACACAAUUGACGCAGAGGAUGUCGAGGCAGGGAAAAGUCAUAGGUGGAUGGAACAACAGGUCAAGAACGGAUGGGGCAACUUGAGAACGAGCGCACGAAAUCUGUCGGUCCUGCGCGGUCUUGGCUUCUCCAGUGGCAAGCGAAGUGGCAGCCAGUCGGUGCGCUCGCGGUCGCUGACGCAGCUCGACGCCCUCGGCAGCAGUAUGCUGGACACGGGCGACCACCACCAUCUGGGCAGUAGCGGCGGUGGGGCGUCGACGCAGCAGCAGCAGUCAUCGCAGCAGCAACAACACAGUCCGCACCACCAGACGACGCACCACCACUUCAACGAGUGCAGCCCGCGAUUUCUCGUGCCCAAUGCCGCGUCGACGGACGGCGCCAGACCCAACAGGACGAGACACAAGCUUUCCCGAUCUCAGGUAUCAAGCAGCGAAUACUUCAGCGUGAGCUUCGAGAUCGGAGACGAGACGUGUACCAUCGACCGCGAAGAAUUUCUACCUGCUACGAAGGGAACGUAUCUUGCGGAGGUGUUAAGCGGAGCCUGCGAGCGACGAGGCGUUGAUUUGUCGCGCGUGGACGUGCUCCUCGACUCCUUCGCGGCCCCCUUACCCCUACACACAACCGAAACUUCCUGCCUAGGUGGAAAGCAUCUACGAAUAACUGCCAAAGACGAAAAGUCGAGCUCGAGAUCGGCCAGCCAGAGAAGCAGUCAGAAUGUCUCCUUUCGAAAAACUGGAGGGCCCUCGGAUUCUCAGAGCUACAGAGGCCGAAGCAGCCGAUUCUUUAGCGUCUCGACGGAGGACUCGUCGAUGGACUCGGAGGUGGGUGCAGCUGCCGCGGCAGCGCUCGCUUCGGCCAAGGGUGUCGCUGGGGCUGCGGGACUCAAGGCCAGCAAGCAGCGCUGGAGCGGCUUCUUCACCAACACUAAGGGCACCAAGAUGGAGCUCCUCGUCGAGCAGCUCAACGGCUACACGAAACACGGGGUGCCGAGGCUGCCCGAGUCGCAGCUGCCCUACGAGCUAGCUGCCAACGAGGAAGCGCUCUUCAGUCUGGAGAACGAUUGGCGCGACAUAGUCGAGAACUCGGAGCUCCUGAGCGAGAAGCAACAGCAACAGCAAACGGCCCUCUGGGAGUUGGCGCAGACGGAAGCGGCUUACAUUAAAACGCUCAAAGUCGUGACCGAUCUCUUCAUGGCUUGUCUGUGCGGCCUGCAGGCCUCGAAUAUCCUGAGCGAGGUCGACAGGACGCGGCUGUUCAGCAAUAUACCCGAGAUCUACGCGGCCAAUCGUGAAUUCUGGACUGAGCACAUCGCGGCGAUGCUGGACGCGGCGAGAAGCACGAGGCAGCCGCUCGAUCCCGGACACCUACUCCAAGGCUUCGAAAGCUUCGAAAAGAUAUUCGCCCCCUACACGAGGUACUGCUCCGAGCAGAGCAAGUGCCAGCAAUACUGCCGAGACCGUCUCAACGACAACGACCUGUUCACGGCCUACCUCGUGUGGUGCGAAACGCAAAAAGACUGCAACCGCUUGAGGCUACUCGACAUUCUGGUCAAGCCGAUGCAGAGAAUAACGAAAUACUCGCUUCUGCUGAAGGCCGUGCACAAGAACACGGAGCACGAAGAGCAGCGAGCCGAGCUGACCAUCAUGAUCAAAUCGGUGGACACCUUCGUGGCGUCCGUGAACGCGGCGAUGCGCCGGAGCGAAGAAACGGCGAGACUGGCCUCGGCAGCCUCGAGACUCGAGAGCUACGACGUCGUCGAGUCGCGCGACGAGGAACUCGAGAAGCUCAUCAAGCUGCACAGCAACCUGGACAUCAUGACCGCGCCGAUGCCCGGCUGUCCCAAGGACGCGCUCAGAACGCUGCUCAGGGAGGGUGACCUCAAGCUCCGCGACGCUGCGACCAGCAAGAUGGAGGUGCACGUGCUCCUGCUGACGGACAUGCUGCUGAUCUGCAAGCAAUCGACGAAGAAAGCCUCGUCGAGCAGCGGCUCGGGGUCAGCCGGUGGCGGUCUCAAGAUAGUACGGCAACCGCUGGUCGUCGACCGCGUGCGCAUUCACGAGCUGAAGGAACAGUCGAGCCUCGGGCUCGUCUACCUCAACGAGUACGGCGCCGCAUCGGCGGCUCUCGUAUUGAGCGCACCGGAGCCCAAGCUCGCCAAGUCCUGGAUGGAGUCGAUAAGGAAGGCGCAGCAGCAGCUGACGAUGCUGAAACUGCCACCGCUGGGCAGUUCGCUGACACUGGGCUCGGUGAGCCGUCAGGCGAGCACUUACCUGGGCGACGGCGAUUUCGACAUGGACGAGCUCAGCGAGGGUAUUCCGAGGACGCCGCGCGGAAGCAGUCGUGCCUCCCGAGUCAGCAGUCUCGCGCACAGCCACAGCAGCUUGUGCCUUUGCAGCGGCAGCAUGGAGAUGGAGGGCGCCUCGCCGAGCGGCAGUAACUUCCUGCCGUCCUACAAUCCCAGCCGCAAUGUGAGCGUCGAGACGACCGAGCCGCCCAGAGCUUCCAGUGUCUCGUCCGAGGAAGGAACCGAGUCGGCUGCUGUGGCCGCCGCCGCCGCCGCUGCCGGACACAACCAUCGCCAGCUGCAGAUCAGACGCUCUCUACUGAACAAGUCGCCGACGCCGAACACACUGAGCGUGCAGGUGCCGGCUUACUCGUGCCUCGGGCAGUCGCUGCCCAACCUGACACUGGCCACCUCGCCGCAGACGUCGACUGUCUCGCCGACGCCGCCAUCCUCGCUCCUCAUCGUGCCCCAGAUCACUAAGAGCAAGGACACCCUCUUGUCUCCCGGUCAUCGAGGUGAAUUUUCAUUUAAGAAAAAAGGCAUCUCGUAUCCGCCACCGUCGCCGCCUAGGGGUGCCCUGAGGCGAGCUUUUGCGAUUCCACAAUCGCGCAAUCCGCCCCUCAUAAAGACCAGGCACGUGAACGCCUCGGUCGUGCAGACUCUGCAGACGACCAUCAGCCUCGACUCCGAGGCCAUCGAGGAGCGCCGCAGGAGGCUUGAACCAUCGCACAGGAUGGCCUCGACCAGCAGCAUCGCGGAGGAAAAGAAGUGAAGAGAACUGACAAAGAGUACAUAGUCUGGAGAACUUGUUUUUGGAAGAUGCCGCGCCUCAUCGGCGCCGUCAUCGCUACCGAUCAUCAUCUUCGUCGCGGCUAAUUCCGCGUCGACGAUCUUUUUUAUCAGCCUCGGCUUAUUCGCCAACAAUUAUCCUCGACAAUUGGACGUGUUUGUACAGAAAUAAACGAAGCGGAGCGAGAGCUACCGCCACGAUCCUCGUUUCCUCAUCCUCCGUCAUCGUCGUCGUCGUCAUUGAAAUCGAAACAUUUUGGGCGCUGCACACACCCACGUGUCUAGAUUCAAGACGACGACGGCGACGACGAUUAACAGGUGGUGAUUCCUCGGGGACGUGCGGUAGGUCGGCUCGAGCGUCGAAAUAUAACGACGAUUUUUUUGGCGAUCGGCAGCGCCAGCGGCGGCGCAAUGCCGAUUGCCACGUGUGUAUAGUCUCUUGUUCUCUUUGAACCUGCGAUACACCAGAGGAAUUCCACAACCGAUUGGGGCCAUUCGAAGACAACGUUAAAUUUUUAAGACAGCUCUUAUACUGUUACUUACAAUAUAACGAUUACAAUAUUUUACGAAGCGCUGCGAACGAUAACACUUUUCUAACUCUUCCGAAGAACGCACGAGGGGGAUCAUCAUCGCGAGGAUGGCAACUUCAACGAACGUGGACUAAGCUCGGCUCAAGACGAUUUUUUUGCAUCGUUCGUCAAGCGCAGGUUUUCUUCGUAAAAUUUAAUGAAAAAACAAAGCAACUUAGUCUCUUAAGUCUUAAGCGACGAACAAAAGGCCUACUUAGCAUAAUUUAUUGUGUAAUAACUAGCGAACGCGAAUCUUACACAUAGUUAUAACAAUAAAAAAAUCAACCUAGAGAAACUCUUAGAGAAAUUUAAACUAUGCUUCAUAGCGAAUGGAACUACGAGUGUGAUCGUCAAAUAAAGAGUUAAACAAAUAAAGAAAGUCAAGUCUGUUACUAUAUGAUAAAAAAGUAAUAUGUUCAUUUUGAAUUUGUGAUUUUAAUGAUCGAUAUAUAAUCUAUAUAUAUUUAUCCAGUCGCUGAUUAUUACGAUAUAUGUAUUAUAUCACGAGUUACACACCUAUAUUUAUGUUCAAAUCGAAGAAUUGAGUUCCUUGGAGUAUUGCGACAACUCGUCGCACACAUUGUUCACGAUAUUUAUAUUUCAGAUUAUUUAACAAUUAAAAAAUUAUUUGAUUAUGAAGAGGAAUGAAUAUAUAGGCUCUAUGUCACGGAUAAAAAAUAAACUAGAAGAAAUGUCAUAUUUGGUACUUUGAGCGUAUGUAUAUUAUGUCUACUACGUAGAAAAGAUGUGACGAAAAUAAAGCAAACAGAGGUUCAUUUUUAAAUGGAAAAAAAGUCCGCGCGUGCCAAAGGAAUUUUUUUUUACCCGAGGCUGCGGCUUUUGUUCUUUUAUUCCGUGAGAGCCAUAGAGAAAAUGUGUGAGAGAGAAAUAAGAAAAAGUGAGAGAUUGUAACAGAUGUAGGAAAUACGCUUGCACAACCUAACGAUUAUUGAAAUCAAUGUUUCAUGAACAAUGGACCGUAAGAUUGUGAGCAAAUAAAGAUUGCAAAUAUAA